AUGCUGCCCAUCGGAGGCCGUGGAGGUCAGGGCUAUUCGCUAUUUUCAGAAUCCUCGGCCUACUUGGACCAGCGAGUAGGACUCAGCGCCGCUGCGGCCGAGGCCCUGGAAGAACUGAAAAAUAACUUUGCACGAAUGCCAUACUAUAACGGAUGGGAUGCCUCGUUAGAUAAUUCAAUAGAUCUUGAGCCAUCUGCCGGUACGGUAUCCAAUGCCUCAAUAGAAUUAGGGCCUGAAGAAGAGUUUGCUUACUACAGGUGCCCACCCGGAUUCGAUCGUGUCAAAUUCACCUUCAUGCGCCGUCUGUUAGGAGAUGAAGUUGACUCCGAAGGCGGUUGGAUUACUCUCGACUUCGACUCUUCGAAGCGCCAGUUUGAACAGCCGAGAACUCAACAGUUCUGCUGGCGCAGUCGAUUGCGCCUUGAAGACAUGAGAGGAUACGAGAGCAAUGUGACCAAAGCUCACGUCCCAUCUGCUUCUGCUGCCGACCAAUCCACGCCUAAAUUCAACGAUACAUUUGCUUCCAAUGUUGCCACAAAUAUCACCAAUACGACGGUUGCAACGUCGCUGCCGAGCUCAACAGUGACUGGUGCUGAUUCGCUGACUCGAGGAUCGACGUAUCUGUCAAGGGUUGAUGAUAUGUUGCGUCUACUAAAUCUGGAACGCUUUGAGCGGAAACAUAAGAAGCUGCCCAAGACGACAAGAGGUCAGCAGCAUGAGCAUAGCAACAGCCAUGCAUCUGCAGAACAUGAGGAAAAGAUACCCGUAGAAUCAGAAAAUAGCAAGAAAUCGAAGGAAAUGGAACACACAGAAGAGAUGGAGGACCCAGACGAAGAGAGAAGUGGGCAACACGACUGGCCCCGAGGUGACUACUGCGUAUUCACGCUAAGGAGCUAUUGCCCGCCUGAGAUG